UCUUGGAGACUUCGUACAGUUUCAGAGAAGAUGGUGUAGGUGUCAAUCAAUUGGGGGGCCAAGGGUUAAUUCUAAUUAACGAACCGAACUCUUUCCGUCUAAUUGCUCGUUUUUUCUUCAGUCUAACACCGAACAGUGCAUCGAAAAGGUACAACCGUUCUUUCGUUAAACUGUUGAAAAUUGCACUCAAAGUGGAAAAUCGUGAAUCCUUAUACGACGUUCCAAAGAAAGUGGAAGUCGAAAUGUCCAGCGAGGUAGAGCCUAGCAAGGAUCCUGAAGAGCCUAAACUGGAACGAAAAAGGACGCUGAAGCAAAAAAUCAACGAUUAUUGGCAGAUAGGGCUUAAAGUGAUCGAAUUGUUACUCUGCAUUGUAUGCCUUCUCUUCGUAUAUGACGCGGUUAAAAUAUCAGGUCUUGGUAGCAGCCAUAUGAACCACGUAGGAAUCAUGUUUACCUCCUACUCUGGCUUCCUGAUGAUCAACAUCCUCCUCAUCAUCAACAGAUUUUAUGGAGAAAGAAUGCCUUAUAAAUCUGCUGCUAUUUAUGCCUUGCUAGGUUCAGCCCUCUUCAUGAUAACAGGCAUAUUGCUGAUAGUUUGCAGGACGUUCUUGAUGAAACACUAUGGAUACAGCUCAGAAAUGAGCCUUAUGACAAACCUGACUGUUUCUUUAUUCUUUGCUUUUGUGAAUUGUAUGGUCUUUGCUGCUGAUUCAGUUUAUACGUUCAAAAGAAUGGAUGACUUUUGAUUCUAUGUGUAGAAUUUAUGAAUUCCAAUUUUUGCCUUUGUGUAUGUUGAUUUCAACGAACACCAAAAGCUGAAACUUAUCAUCUGAAAGAAGAGCUGUCAAAAGUUUAUUAAUAGCUACUUAACACUAAGUAACUAUUUAUUCUUCGGCAAAAAGUAACUAGUAUCUCAGAUACUGUACGAAAAGAUCUAUAUCUUGUAGCCCAAAACUGAUAUAUGAGAAACCUACUGUAAAGUAUCUUAUCGAGCGUUCAAAAAGUAACUUAAGAUGAGUAUUGAAGUUUCCUUUUCAACUUAAAAGUAACUCAAGUCUCUUUUCUAAAACAUGAUCUAACAUAGAUGUCAAAAGAACCUUCAGAUAGGUAAUAUUUCAGAGAGUACUUAAGAGUACUUAUUUAUUUUGACUCUUCAAAAGUAUAUUUGACAGCUCUGAAAGACACUCUCAAAGUCAGUAGGUACUAUUUUAGUUCUCAUCUUUAAUAUUCUUGUUCACAAACAACACAAGAACAUAAUAAAUUUUGGUGCUAUCAAAUUUUCCUUGAAGAUUUGCCAUAUACAGUAUGGACUAAUUGUGGUUUCUGUUUCAGUUAGUCUGUGCAACGUGUAUAGCACUAAUUUAUGAUCCUGC